AGCUGACGCAUUAAACGUAUAUUUAGCACGCCUCAUUAAAUCAAUUUAAUAUAUAUAUAGUAUUGGAUUUUUUGGCUGAGCAGUAAUUUGAACCAUGACCUUUCAGAGCUGAAAAUAGAAUUUAAAUAUUAUAAAUUAAUAACUAAAUGGCUCAAUUUGUCAGCGGCUGGGAGUCUGCAAGUUAGACAUAUGAAUCUUAGUCGAACCACUGUGCAUAACUUUCGAUUUUAGAUCGGAUUGGCAUGCAGGCACACCUACAAAUGGACCCCGAAAAAUGCAAAACAGCUUCAUUCGGAGGCGAUAUUGGACGGGCAUUACCACAAAAUCAAUAUAAAUCAAAACCCGGUCCACGAACAUGUAUUUGUGUUUUAGGGAAAUAAUGCCUCUGCUUUUUGGUUGCACCAUUUCCCUGGCUAUGCUGUUUGCCUUCCUCAUCUAAUAUCUCGAGAACAAAUUCCAGAGAGCUCACUGGUUAGCUGAAGCUUCCUCUGUAGAAAUCGAAAGCUUCCUUUUCGGCCUGGCCAAAUGUUUUUUGGCCAGUUUUAAUUAAACUUUCGAGCGCAGCAGAUCGCGUCGCAUUACCUGCCGCUCCAUAACGGUUAAUACUGGGAUACUGACUUUGAUUCUCGUUCAGAAGCAGCAGUAUCGAUAUAUCAGGUUCAAGAUCCACACGGCAAAACAAACAUUUGGAAUAAAUUUAAUGUAAUUAGGCGAUGAUGUCGUUCGGCAAGAUUGUGGUAUUCCUGGCCCUAGUCCUAGUUCACCUAAAGCAUUGUGCGGCUUUUACUUCGGCAUCUUUGGAAAGGACCAUCUAUUACCGGAACACGCCACCCGAUCCGUUUGGUCACUACAACUUCGAGUUCCAGACCACAAAUGGCAUUACCACCAGAGGAGCUGGUAAUGAGAAUGGAGCCGUCGGAGUGGUGCAGUUCGUUUCUCUUGAGGGAAUACCCGUUACAUUCUCCUACGUGGCCGAUGCAAAUGGAUAUCAGCCCACCGGAGAUCAGAUUCCGGCCAUCCCGCUGCACGUCAUCCGCCAGUUGGAGUACAUCCGCACGCAUCCACCGGUGGAUGAGCUACGCUCGAGACGUUGGUAAAAACCUCUACGACAUUACAGUAAUUAUAAAUUGACUUCUAAAUAGCUGCCGAUGGGCUGGCUGAAUAUACAACUGGAUACAGUUCGCAAUAUUUUUAUUUCGUAUUUAUGCUAAUUAUUUUUCCAUGCAAAUCGUACAAAAAGACAACAACAAAAGCAUGCCGAGGUAUAUGGCAAGUCAAUAAAUAUUCUAGAAUUAUAAAUAAAGUACUAGACUUAAUUGAUCUGCGUUCCUGAAGUCCGGAAAGUUUGCCUAAAGGAAGGAACUAUGAUUAAUAAAUAACAAUCGAAAUUGCGAAACGGGAUAAAAUAUGAUAAGCAAGUCAGUGGAAUUUUUAGCUGCGGAUACUUCAAUUUGAAAGGUUUUGCUGGCUAGGAUGCAGAAAAGGAAAUCGGUAAACAAAGAUAAAUAAUUAUUAAAAGUAAACU